CUUUUGUUCAGGCUUGUUUAUCUUUCAAUUGAAAUCUGCCAGUGUUGUGUUAAUCAACUGUUAAAUCGUUAAUCUUUUUUUAUUCAGUCAUUAUUCCUUUAUUAGAAAUCCUUCCGAGAGAUACUCUGUUAUGGUUGCUCACAUUUAAUCUUUUUCAUUGAUCUACUAUAGAGCAUUAUGUCAGAAAGUGAUACCAGUGGUGAUGAAGUAAACAAACCUAAAUCUUUCAUUGACCAACUAGAAGAAGAAUUUAAAGAUAGAUAUACUGUUCGUGAUACUGAGUACAUUAAACAAUACAAGCGAGAAUUGAGUAAACCACCCUGCGUUCAUCCGUGGUCUGUUAGAUCAAAUGAUAAUCGCCACAAUAAACGUUCAUAAAUAUUUUCUUUUUGUCUAAUUUCAUAUCUAUCGUUACAAUUUGCUCUAUUUUCAACAAUUUCAAACUCUGAUUUCAAAAUUUUAUCCUAACAUGAAAAACUAAACAAUCAAUUAUUGCAUUGUUAUUGUCCUGUAAAACAUGGCUGUUGGUAAUUUUCUUUUGCUAACCCAAAUUGCUGGCUAUGCUGCCUCAACAAUAUUAUCUUUAUGUGUUUUAAUACCAUUGAUUGUUAAUCUGCGUGACAUGAAAGGAAACUGUUUAUUGUAUACUUCUGGAAUAUUUCUUGAUACAGGAGAUUUCGUUCCAAAAUGGGCCUCUUCCGGUUAUUGUACCUACACAACUGUGCUUUCGUGUCAACUCAAUCUAGUUUCUCUGAUUCAAUUAACCAGAAUGUCUUACUUUUUGCGAAGAGGAGUUGACAGCUCAUUCAUUUCGGCGUUUUGGGAUACAAUAGUUGCCUUACUAUCUGUAAUCUUCACGAUUCUUGCGGCUAUAUUUGUCACAGGAGGAUUCUCAAAAUGGUGUAGAGCAGUUACACAAAGAUUCAGUUCCUGUGAAGCCGGACAAGGAAUCCUUUCUAUUAGCAGCCCGGAUGGAGUUAUCAAUACUUCGAACUUCUCCAUCCAAAUGGGAACUGUUCAGUUUGGCAUUUGGACAUUAUUCGUUACUUGGGUACUUUUACUUGUACUGGCAGGCAGAAAACUAUUCAUUUACCAUGAAAGAGAAAAUCUGAUUGUCAGUAUGUCAAGAGACCGUCGUCGGUAUGCUGCUCAUGGCUACAAUAAUUUGGACAAAUAAAAGAUGCAGUCAUUUAAAUAAUGAUGUUAACCAGUAUUUUUUCCAUUGUAGUCUAUAUUAUUAAAUCAAGGAAUCCAAAAAAAUUCUUAUUCUGUUUUGUAAUAUAAUUCAAUAAAUAUCUUGUCUAUUCAA